GCUGGAGUUAGUAGAUUGAGAAGGAGAAAGAGUGCUCCGGCCAGUUGCGCCUCCUUCUCUUUAGACUGUGAAAGACCGACGAUUUGUGGGAAAAAUCUCGGAGCAAAGCCGGUGGUGAAACUCGGUUCGACCGCCUCGCGGCGUCCCACGAUGUGGAGCAUCGGGGUUAGGGUUUGCUUGUAGGACAGGCUUGAAGAGAUGACAUCCGCCGCUCUCGGGAAAUGAGCCGUGGGAUCGCCGUUGGAUUCGGGGUUCGCUAAGUGAACGGCCACGAUUGGGUCUCCUGAUGGAGGGGAGUAGCACCGCAGGCGCUCUUUCUCUGGUUUACUCUCAACAACCUAAACCAUUUUCUACAACACCUUCCAAAAUGUCAGAUAUUGCUGAGCAUCCACCCAUUGAUGAGUUUUCUGAUCUUCGUUUAUCACUUUUCUUAUGAAAAGGAUAAUAAAUGUUAUAAAAUCCUGUAUGGGAAUGGCUUCAGAUGUUGGGAUGAAUGCUUUACUCAGUUGUUAUACACGGGAUGGCUGUUCACUAUCAAGUUCUUCCUAAUGGCUCGUUCAAAUGGUAUACAUCAAUGGAUUAUGAUGAAAAUGAUUUUCGAAGCCAGAACUUUCAGUUAGUUGGAGAAGAUAAAUUUUCUGUGAACUUGCGGUCGUUUCCUCUUCCAAGGUUUGAUCUUGAUGAACACCUUAGGUUUGAUAGCUUAGUUGAAGAGGAAGUUUUACUUGGCAUACAAGGGCAAGAAAAUAAUUGGAUUGAUUUUCCACCUGGGAGUAGUGCCUUAGAGUUCAGUUCAAGUGCUGCCGAGUCUUGCUCAAUAGCUAGACAUAACAAUGUUUGGUCUGAGGCAACAUCAUCUGAAUCUGUUGAUUUGUUAUUGAAAUCUGUGGGAGAGGAUGAAAUGAUCAACGGCAAAGCUGUCAUCAUGGACGUGAGUGCUAAUGAUGAAUCUAAUGGCAUUGAUAAUCGGGUGGAUCUCUAUGUAGAGAAGUGUGAUGCCCAUGAAUCAUCCAUUAUGGAUAUCCUACCUGUUGAUCCAGAAUUGACACAAGAUAAGCAUCUGAAAAAAUUUUCGCCUUCAAAUGAAGUUCAAUGGGAGUUGUUGCCUGAUGUUCAAGGUUCAUCUCAAGCAGCUGAAGGGGAGGAAUCCGGAAUCGCCAUGUACGAAGAUCCUUCAAACAAAAACUUAAGUCCUGAUGGAAAGAUUGAUGUUGGUCCGUACACAAUGAUAGACAAUUUAAGUUGUUUCUAUAAUCCUAUUCAAAAAUCAAAAGCGGAUGAAAAGGGUUUAUGUGGGACAGUUCCAUAUGAAAAAGAUGUUUGUGAGGUGCUUUUGAAGACAGAAGUUCCACAUAGUGAUGACUCUGACUCAUGUGCGGUGGAUAGCCAGAGUUUGGCUUCUAAUCAAGAUGUAAAACUUGAUAUAGAAGCUGAGAAGUUGAACACUGGGUUGUUCUACGUUGGGCAAGAUCAGAGAAAUACCAGCAAUAGUUCCGGUUUCCUAUGUGAUGAUGUACAUAGAGACAAAUCUUUGGUAACGUAUAGCGAGGACAAAACAAACCAGAAGUUCGCGUCCAAAUCAGAUGCUUUGGAGCUGCCGAAUACAAAAUGCAUUAAUUCAGUAUUUGCUGUGAACUCUGAUGGGUUAGUGGUGUCUGUUCCAUGCCCAACAAAAUCUUUGAAUGAUAAUGGUGAGGCAAGCCGGAAAUCAUUUGCCAAUGAAGAGUGUAAGAGCCUAUUAGCAAUGGAACAAGAAGAUAGAACUGGACAUAAUUCUGUUACCCUAAAGACUAAGACUGAGUUAACAGAAGGAUCUAGAAGUAUUGGUGACGGCCUGCUGUAUGAUUCCUUGGAAGAUGAUGAUGGCCACAGUAUAAGAACUCAGUUAAUGAAGAACUCAACAGUGUCUUGUGAUGACAGAGGAGGAAAACUUGAGACUUUCACGAAUGCCAUUGAUAAUAAUCAAGAUCCUGAAUGCGAGCUGGUGGAAAACAAAAUUGAUGAAAUUGCAAUUGCUACCCAAUCGCUAAUAAAAUUGCCUGCUUCUAUUCAUGUUAAUCAUGAAACUCAAGGAACAGAAAUUGAUGAUUGUGAAAGGAUGAGAACUAAUUCUUUGAGUUUUACCUUUGAGAAGCCUGGACUGGUUCUUGAGGGAAACUAUGAUAAAAUUAUGGAUGUUGAGAGGCAAGAGUUGAAAUUAGAUAAAAAUAAUGAUGUAGCCCCUUCUGAAUCUUCUCUACCUGUUGCUAUGACUGAUGAAUCUUGUCUGUCUGUCACAAUGACUGUUACAGAAUCUAGUAUCUCACCUUCUACACUCUGCAAAUCAAGUGUGCAGAAGGAAACCAUAUCAGUUACUGAUUUGAGGGAAGUUCAUACUGAACAAGUUCAUGCUUCAGUUAACAAGGAGUCCUCAAUGACAUACAUCAGUCCUAGUAGAAUUAAUUUAGACCCACUCUCUAAUGUUAUGGACAAGGCUCAAGACUUGCAUCCUGCAAUUCAGGACAUGGCUGAAGAGUUGUCUUUGGAUGGCUCUGCAAAUAAAUUUCUUGAAGAAGAUUUAGGAAAGAAAGAAACGUCGAUACAAUUAUCUGCAUCAAAUAUCAUCCACUUUGAUAGUAAUGAUGCGAAGAUAUCCGGACUUACAGCUUCACCACUUUCAACUACUGAUUUGAUUGAAGAAAAAGAAAGCGAUUUAGUUUCAGUUUCUUAUCCAUUAAACAUGAAAGAAGUAUCCCUUGGAAAAAUUUCUAGAGGUGAUUCAGUAGGUGCUCAGUUGGCUUCUCCGGUCAAAUCACUAGAUUCUCAGCCAUCAAAAGGUACUGUUGGCCUGAAUUUAGCCUCAGAACAGAAAGGACCAUCACCGUGUUUAACCAUACCAAAUUCAGUUGAUUCUGAAAAAAGUGAAAUGAAGCUUUCUGGAGGUUCUAUUUCAUCCAAGUCUAUAAGAAAUGUAGAUAAGGAAGGAUGGGCAAUUUCAGGUUCUGAUCGUGAAGAUACGUCAACAGAGCACCUUCCAAAUGCUGUAGUGCAACCUCCAUCUCUUGUGCAAACUACUGAUUGUGCUAUGCCACAGAAUCAUAUUCCAUCUUCAGCAGGGAAUGAUGUUGGAAGUGAGAAAACUCUGCUGCUGGAGGGGAAUGGCGUUAGUCAAGGCCCUUCUCAGGAUGGAAAGGAGGAUAUCACUAAUUCAUUAGAAGUUGUUUCCCAUUUUGGGACUGAAGUGUCGGUUUCUUUAGGAUGUCAUGAAGACGAUUUAGAGCAUCAAGAACCGAAAACCUCAGGCAACAUGGAUUUAGUAUCUUCUGAAAAAGAUGAAAUCACUCUUAAGGCUGAUUGCAGCAGUAAUGGCUUACAUGGUACAUCUAUUGAAGCUAGAAGUUUAAUUCUUGAGGUUUCUACAUCCAAGGAUUUGGCUGGAAGGGUUGUUGGCAGUGAACCAUCUUUUCUCAACCUGAAGGGGAAUGAUAUUACUCAGAUGCCAAAUGUGGAUUCUCAAGGACUUCCUGAAGAAGUUAAAAUGGCUGACAUUUCGAUGAAAACUCCUAAUCAUGGAAAAUCUAAGAAUGCAUCCAGGCCUUCUAAUGAGAAGAAAAUAGUCUCAAAAGGGAAAACCAAAAAAGAACCACAUACUCUGAAGCAAUCUUCUGUGAUGGAUCUCAAAAGUUCCACUUCCACCCGUAAAUCUGUUGGAACUUUAAGCAAGGACGUUCCUUUGGUUGAGAUGCGGGAGCAUUCCUCUAUUGAGUGUAGUACUGUGAAGACAUCAUCUUCUGUGGCUUUUCAGACAUCUAUUAUUCCUGAUUUGAAUUCAUCUUCAUCCUUAUCAUUAUUUCACCAGCCAUUUACUGAUCUACAACAAGUACAAUUGCGUGCACAAAUCUUUGUUUAUGGAGCUUUAAUCUCAGGUAUGCCUCCAGAUGAAGCUUAUAUGGUAUCUGCCUUCGGAGGUGCAGAUGGUGGGCGGAGCUUAUGGGAGGGUGUAUGGCAUGCAUGGAUUGUAAGGUUUCAGAGUAAAAAAUCCCCUGUUGGUGCUUAUGAUACUCCUACACACUCUCGGCCAGCAAUAUGGAUUCCUGAACAAGUUUCAAUGGGCAAUGAUGUUCAAAGCAAAGUCUCAAGCACUUCUUCCACAAGCGACAGCAGUAUCAUGUCCUCGGCUGUGCGAAAUUCCACAAUGCCUUUGCCUUCACCUUUAUGGAGUCACUCUUAUGGAAAUGAUGGACACCAUGCCAAUAUAUCAAGAGGCACUUACCUAAACUUUAGUCAUACUCCAUCCCCAUUGCCUCAUCAAUCUUCCGUAUCACGACAGCAUGUGGGUGCUAAUUCACCUUGGCUAUCACAGUCACCUCGCCCUGGACCGUGGUUUGUUUCAUCUCAGAUUUCAGCACUUGAUGGCAUCUCACGGUAUUCCACAGUAUCUGUUCCUGAAACUGUUCAUGUAACCCCUGUAAGGGAUUCAAGUGGGCCUCAUACUCCCAUUGUAGAGAUUAUUCCCCCUAGUGUUUUGAUGUCUGUUCCAGAUACCGCACUCGCAACUACUAUUGCGGAUUUACCUGUGGAAACAUCAAAAAAGGCAGUAACUAGUGAGAACAAUAAACAUACACCGACCACUCAAAAGGCUAGAAAGAGGAAGAAGGGCGUUGCAGCAGAGGAGACAAGCUUUCCAGCUUCUCAAACUUCAGCUGGGCCUGUUUCUGCUAUCAGUGAUGUUAGAAGUCUUCCACUGCAUUCUGCAAACAUGCUUCUAUCUUCUAACUCACAAUUAAAUGUUGCUAGUCCUGCUCCUGUUUUGAUAAGCACACCUCACAUCAUUUCUCCAACACAUUACCAGAUAAUUGGUGCUAAUAAUAAUCUACAGAAGGCAAUCUUGUCUGAAGAGACUUGCACUAAAAUUGAGCAGGCUAAGCAUCAAGCAGAAGAUGCUGCUGCUCUUGCUGCUUCUACUGUUAAGAAUAGUCAAGACAUAUGGAGUCAGCUAGCUUCCUUGAAGAAUUCUGGUUUAGUUUCACAGAUUGAGGAAAAACUUGCUUCUGCAGCUGUUGUCGCUGCUGCGGCUUCUUCUGUUGCCAAGGCUGCUGCAGCUGCUGCUAAUGUUGCAGUUGGUGCUGCUUUGCAGGCAAAAAUAAUGGCAGAUGAAGCUGUUAGUGUGGCAAAAACAGGUAACACUGUUUUGAAUUCAGAAUCUGGCAUUCUUGAUGUUGGAAAGAAAUUAAUAGGAGUACCUCCUGUUUCAAUUAUGAAAGGAAUGGACAAGAUUCAUGGAUCUGGUGCAAUUAUUUCUGCUUCUAGUGAGGCUGCCAGAAGACGGGUUGAAUUGGUUUCUGCUGCCACCAAAAGGGCAGAGAACUUGGAUGCCAUCGUGAAAGCUGCAGAAUUGGCAGCAGAAGCUGUUGCACAAGCAGGAACGAUCAUUACGAUGGGGGAUCCCUUACCAUUUUCGUUGAGCCAGUUGGUAGAUGCUGGCCCUGAGGGUUUUUGGAGAGGACAUGAUGGUUCAUCCACAAAGCUUUCCAAAUCAAGAUGCAUGCAUGAAGGGGAGCAUUCAGGCUCAAGUAGUGCUAAAGAGCAUGGUGGAUCAGCUAAGCAAUUGGAUGGUCAGUUCUCAAAAAUUAAAGAAGCGCAGAAGGCUACUGAUGAAAGUGGUUUAUCCUCUUUGAAUGAAUAUCAUGAGCAGUUUGAACGAAGAGUCCAAGGAAAUUUCCCUACUGCUGGACAAGAAAGAGAUCCUCCUGUUUUAAGCAUACAAAAGGGGUCUGUUGUUGAGGUUAUGUCUGAUGAAGAUGGUCGGAGAGGGGCCUGGUUUUCAGCUCAGGUACUUGACAUAAGUGAUAACAAGGCGUUUGUUAGCUACAAUGACGUUUCAACUACUGAAGGCCAGCUAAAAGAAUGGAUUGUGCUUGAAGAGGGAGAGAAAGCUCCUAGAAUACGGACAGCUCACUCCACAACAUUAGUGAAGUAUGAAGGCACUAGGAAACGGCGUAGAGAACAUCUAGGAAGCUAUAUCUGGGAAGUUGGAGAUCAUGUUGAUGCUUGGAUACAUGACAGAUGGUGGGAAGGGACAAUCAAUGAAAAGACUCCAGGCGAUGAAACGAAGCUAACUGUGCAUUUUCCAGCUAGGACUGAUAAAGAGACCGUUCAUAGUUGGAAUCUUCGUCCAUCACGUAUUUGGGAGGAUGGACAAUGGAUGGAGUGGUCUCAUGCAAAGGGAAAGUCAAAUAAACCACAUGAGGGAGAUACUCCCCAGGAGAAAAGGCAAAGAUUAGGCAAGCGUGAAGGAAAAAUUCAUUCAGAAGUUGAGGCUGCCGAGAUGGGUAACCUUUCCAAGAAUAUUCUCAUUGAAGAGUCCAGGAAACCUGAUGAUUCAAGAUCGCUGGUUUUAUCUGCUAAGGAUAGAACCUUUAGCAUCGGAAAGAAUUCAAGAGAAGAGGUUAUUUCUGAUGCACUUAAACCAAAACAGACUAGCUUGCAGAAAGAAGGAUCGAAGGUGGUUUUUGGCGUUCCAAGGCCUGGAAAGAAGAGAAAGUUUAUGGAAGUUAGCAAGCAUUAUGUUGCAAACAAGUCUGAGAAAAUUAGCGAAGGUAGUGAUUCCAUCAAAUUUGCAAAAUAUUUGAUGCCUCAGGCAUCUCGCCCAACCAGGAAUACGUUGAAAGUUGAUAAUAAAGGAAAGAAGGCUGUCGACAUCAAGCCUAGAGGUGGUUUUAAAGCUGAGAAUUCUCGGAGCUUUCAAACUAGAAGUCUGUCUGAGAAGGACAAGGCAUUGCUUUCCACAUCAAAUGAAGGCACCGUUCAGGUGCUUCAUAAUAUAUCCAGUUUCGGGGGCAGUAACAAUUGCUCAGACAAGAUGAAUGCAUACAAAGUCAAUUUUCAAAGCCAAGAUGAAAAAAAUGAUGUUUCCACUAUAGCGUCAGAGGAUUCUGUGCAGCCUGCGCAUGUUUCCUUAUCCAAAAAAAAGAAAACUUCAGUUUCUGAGCCGGAUUUUGCUGUGAAAUCAAAAAAUUCUGUGGAUAGGACAUCCACCCUCGAGGAUAAAGGGUCUAAAAAUCCUGGAAAGCCACUACAUGAAGUGAUGGAACCCCGUAGAUCCAACCGUAGGAUUCAGCCAACGUCAAGGUUACUCGAGGGUCUUCAAAGCUCUCUAGUCAUUUCAAAGAUUCCAAGCAUUUCUCAUGAGAGGAAGUCUUCCAGAGGCGGAUCAUCCUCAAGAGGAAACACGCAUGGCUGAAAGGAGGCGAGCUCUAUAGGCCUUGUUGCUAAAACUACCUGAGUCAGUGUAUAUACAAUAACUAUGUUUAUCCUUUAUAAGGUUUUGUACAUUAUUAUAUAUUUAGGAGAAGUGAAUCUCGAAGUUUUCUUCUGAAAUGAUCAGAAUGUAAAAUUUCCUAGUUAAAAUUUAUCUACGCUUGUCUUGAUUUUGAGUACCAUAACCCUAAUCUUCGACUAUGAAGCUAUCUGUUUAACCUUUAGAAAUA